AUGGAUUCUAGUGACUCAUAAGAAGAUUCAUAUUAAAGAGUAUGAAUAAUGUAUUAGUUAAGGAUUCAUUACUGGAAAUACUCACAGUUGGACAAUUCAAAAAAUAAAAUGAAAGUGAAAAAUUAUCGAUCGAUUUUUCUAAUCAAGUGCUGAACUUAGGAAUGUUUGCAAAACCAAAAUAAACUUACAUUUAAAACACAAAUCACACAAAAGAAUUAUAUAUUUCUGUCAUUAAAAGUAUAACAAUAUAUAAACUUAAGAGAUCAUAGAUCAAUUAGUUUAUUAAAUAAAAUCAAUAUUUUGAGUAAGGAUCGUAGAAAUCUAUACAGCCCUAAAAGGAAAACAAACUAAAUUGAAGAUUAUUUAUUAGAAAAACAAGUUGAAAGAGUCAUUAAUACAGUAAGAAGAAAAAGUUGUAUGUGCUUAUAAUGUGGACAACAAAGUGAUUUUGAAAAACGUAUGAACACUUUUCAAGUAAAAACUUAGCAAUAAAUAAAUACUGAAAUACGAUUACUAAAGUACAAUACAAGAAAUCAGUUUAAGCAAUAAUCUUUAAUUAGACUACACAAAAUAAAAUAAUUAUAAAACUAAAAAUAUCACUACUCCAGUCUUUCAGCUUAAUUAGAUGAUUAGAUUUAAUAUAAUCAACCUCCUAUAAAUACCCCAAACAUAGUUGAUAUACAAUUGAAAUUCAAGAAGAAAAUAAUAGCUCAACCUGUUAUAUUAAAAUAAUAUUUACCAACAACAAAAAAUUAUUAUGUGAAAUAAUAUCAUAUUACUUCCAGGAUAAGAGCCAAUAAUACUCCAACAUAAAAAACCUUACCUUCACUUAAAAUUUUAACUUAAAGCAGAAGAAAUCUAUUUGAUAAUAAAUUUUAUUGA